GACUUUGAGGCGACGCGGCCCUGAUCAGAGGGGCCUUCAUCUGGGGUCUCCCAGGUCCGUGCUCAGGCCCGUGCAGCCCACGGCAACUCCCAACCACAGGCCAUCCCUGCAGUGGGCAGGAGCGGCCCUUGUCAGAGGCCUAGGGGCCCUGAGCCGUGCCCUCGGACAGCUCUGUUUCAGCAGUUAAGCACAAGGACAGGCUGGCCACUGUCCAUGCUUCCACGGCCAGAGCCCAAGAAGCACCCACAACCAAAAUAGCCGUCAGGUGACCAGAGGGCCUGCUCACCGCCUUCUGCCCAAAGGCAAAGCGCUCACAGCAGCUGCAGCUAAAAAUAAACAGGAAGGGCUUCCAUCUUCCGGAGAACCCCAAGGGGAGAGCUCGGCCUCGCUUCCGGGCCCCCACGGGCCGGCACAAUGAGAUCGCUCCGCUUCAUUUCUGCCAAGGCCCUGGUGUCUCACCCCCAGGUGGCCCAGCAGAGCCUGGACGGUGUGGCCCACAACCUCUACCCUCUCCUCUUCAAAGCCAGCUACUUGCUGGAGCAGGCGGCGCUGAUCCGCGUCCUGCUGGAGCGCUGGCCCCUGGAGGAGUUCCGGCUGAGUGCGCUGCUGGGGCCGGGCUCGGAAGCCGCGGAGGACCUGCGGGACCGCACCUGCAGGGCCUGCCUGGAGGCCUGUGUGCAAGGCCUCGCAGACCACGUGCUCCGGGCUGGGGGGCCCCGGCGCCUGCGCGUGGCUGACCUCACAGGCGUCCGAGACGUGCAGGUGCAGCGGUGCCCGUGUGGGAGGGCGCUGGGCAGGUGGGGCCGCACCGAGCUGCUGGCCAGGACAUGCUGCCAGCUGCAGGGGGAGGCCCCCGCGGCCCAGCGCCUCGUCCGGGUCAUCGCCGAUCUCUUCGUCACCGAUGGAAACUUCGAGGUGGUGGUGCGGGCCCUGAGGCCAGCGGGCCCUGCCCCACUGCGUGUGCACUGCGUGUCCUUCCGAGCGGACAGCCUGGGCCCCAGCCAGCUCUUGCAGGUGCUGCGUCUGGCCGGGCCGGGGGAGCUGCGCAGGCUGGAGGUGGUGCACAACGUGCGGUUACACGCCGGCCACGUGCAGGAGCUGCUGGCCGAGGUGCGCUUCCCCCAGCUGGCCUCGCUCACCCUGCCGGCCAGGGCCUUCGAUGCGCCCCCCGCCAGCACCCGCAGCCCCGAUGGCGAGGACCCCCUCCUUUCCUCCAUCGCCUGGGAGCUCAGCCGGAUGAGCCAGCUCACGGAGCUGAGCGUGGCCUUCUCCAUGCUGACGGGGAAGAUCCCGAAACUGCUCGGGCCCCUACGGACACCGCUGAGGACUCUGGACCUGGCCAACUGCUCCCUGAACCACACAGACAUGGCCUUCUUGGCAGACUGUGCCCAUGCCACAUGCCUGGAGGUGCUGGACCUCAGUGGCCACAACCUGUUCAGCCUGUUCCCUUCCACCUUCUCCAGGCUGCUGAGCCGGGCGGCCGGGACGCUGAGGGUGCUCACCGUGGAGGAGUGCGGCAUCGAAGACCGGCACGUGGGCAUGCUGAUCCUGGCCCUGAGCCCUUGCCACGAGCUCCGUGAGCUCCGCUUCCUGGGGAACCCGCUGUCGGCCCGGGCCCUGAGGCGCCUCUUCGUGGCUCUCUGCGAGCUGGGCAGGCUCCGGGCUGUCGAGUUCCCGGUGCCCAAAGACUGCUACCCCGAGGGCACGGCCUACCCCCAGGACGAGCUGGCCAUGUCCAAGUUCGACCAGCAGAAGUAUGAUGCGAUCGCCGAGGAUCUCCGUGCGGUGCUGCUUAGGGCCGGCCGGGGUGACGUCCAGGUCUGCACGCCUCUCUUCGGAAGUUUCGACCCAGACAUCCAAGAGACAAGCAACGAGCUUGGAGCUUUUUUGCUGCGAGCUUUCAAAGCUGCUCUAGAAAACUUCUCCAGAGCCCUGGAGCAAAUGCAGUAGGCCCUCGAGCAGACCAGGGGGGUGUGGUUCGACCGGACAGGAGCCUGGACGUCCUGAGUCAGCAGGCUUGGGCAUCCGCGCCCCUGCCACCUCCAGCUGAAGCAUCUCUGAGGGACACCCGCACGUGGCAUCAGUUAGGCGCUGCAUGGGCCGGUGCCCUGGCUCCAGAAGAGUGGAAAAGGCCAUGUUGGUGAUGGACUGGAGGUUGGUUCUGGACUGCACAGGAGGGAGGAAGGGGAGGCCAGACGUCCGGCCAGGGCCAAAAGAACGUGGGAACUGUCACAGAACUCAGCACUCCCUGUGCCGCGUCCGGGUUCUCUGCCGUGCUGACUCGGGCUUAUGCACUCACAGACCCCUGCCUGGCGUGAAAUAUGCGAUUUGUCGUUACGUGCUUGAGCCUGAGGACACAGAAGGCUUCCCGGAAGGCCUGUGUCCCUGCAAGAAAGCCCCACCGGUGAUGACACAUCCCUACCCCUGUUUCCUGCCUCCCUUUGGACCCUGACCCCAGAAGACCCUCUGCUCAGGCGCAAGAGAACUCCUCUGUGCAGCUGAAUCCAGGUGUGUAAGGGUUUACUGACAACAUUUGGACUUGGUUUCUACCUGGAUCUGAUUCCUGCAAAGGGCCCAGUGUUAGGAUCAUUAGAUACCAAUAAAACAGUGGUGUGCCUUCUUCACAUGUGGCUUUCAUUUCAAUGCAGUUCCGGAUUUUUAAAGUACCCAAGAGUAUGAAAGUCAAACAUUUUCUUAAGACAGAGGCUAGUGCUUGAGGGGCCCAACCUCCUCACACUAGAACCCCCAAGUUCUUGAUGUGGUUUUGAAACCUGUGUGAGCAGGCCCCGCCCUCCGUCCGGCUCCGGGCCCUGCUCUAGGCAAGUCCCCACCCAGGUAACCCCACGCUGCCUCUGACAGGUAUGUCCCAUGCCUUUCUUCCCACAACCAAGUGGGGUUGCCCAAGGCACAGGCUCCCGCAGUGGCAGAGUGACAGGAGUCUGCUUGCCUCACUGAAGGCAGCAACGUUCCUCCUGCGUCUCAGGAAAGGAUGCCCAGAAAGCGGACGGGGAAAGAGAUG